CGCAAAAAUGGCAGCCAAAGUUUGUUCGGAUCGGAAGUAAUCUCCGCUAAACAGUUGAAAAAUCAUCCGCGUUUGGUUUGUUCCGUGAUAAAAUUACUCACAAUAGAGUCGCGUUAACCAUCCGGAUUUGUUACUGAGGGCAACAUCAGGAAAUUUUCAGUGAAUUUUGCGGAAAAAAUCAAUGUGUUGUGUCUGACUUCCUGGAAGCUGCAGCAGAGACAUGAGCGAAGAUUCGACGCCGAAAAAUCAAUAAAAAGUGUACCGAAACUUGCCCCCCUUUCUGUGGAUUGCUGUUCAAUGAAAAUUUCAAUUGGUUUGUGCUGAAGUGUGCUAGAUUGCAACGUGAUUUGAAAUUGCAAAUUUACAUCAAGUCUUAAGCAUAAUGUCUCAAAGUGCUCCUCGAAGACAUCCACCCAGCGGAGGCAAUCCGGAGGUCAUGUCGGCGAAAUUCGGUGACACCGAAUGGGAAGCACGAGAGUCCCAACGACAGCGCGAACUGGAGGAAGCUCGUGCCCGCGCUGCCCAGAUGGAGAAAACCAUGAAAUGGUGGUCUGACUGUACGGCCAAUUGGAGGGAGAAGUGGAGCAAGGUGCGUACGGAGCGCAACAAAGCACGGGAGGAAUCCAAACAAUUACGCGGCAGUCUGGAAGCGGCCAUCAAGGAAUCGAAUUCCUACAAGCGGGAAAAAUGUGAACUGGAAAUGCAAAUCACCCAGCUCAAGAAGGAAAUGGAAAAGGUCCACAUGUUGAUGAUGAAACACGCCGGUCAGUUCAACAAGGCCAGUCUGGACGCUGCUGAUGAACCGGAACGGGACGGGAGAGAUAACAACUGCUCGCCGGAUAUAUCCUCCGAUGGGCUGAAGAACGUUAACAGCGAAGAUGGACUGGUGACAAAGGUGAACAAUUUACCCGAUGACAGUGGUCAGGACGAUUUGGAUAUCGAGGAGUACAUCCUGCAGGGUGGUGCCAUGCCGAAACAUUCCGUAGAGUUUAAGGACAAGAGUGAUGUGAUGGCCGAGGAGAGAAGACUGAUUCAGCAGCUGUCGAAGGAUGAUUACGACGAGGAUUAUCUUCUGCAGAAGAUAUCGAUGCUGCAGAUAAGGUUAGAUGACGCCCAAAAGACGAUCCAGAUUGAGCGGGAGGAGAAGAACAGUAUUCAUAAGAAUUUUGAGAAGUUCCGACUGGAUAUGCAGGAGCUGAGGGAUAAGUGCGAGGAGCUGCGAGCAGCGAAGCAAGAUGCUGUGAGGGAACUACUAACGUUACAAGAGCAGCAUCGAGUGGAGAUGAGAAUUACUAACAAUUCUAUGCAAGAGGAGGUGGCUGCCAGGGAAACUCUGGAGAGGCGACUGUGCGAGCUAAGGACUGAGCUAGAACGAAUGCAGGCAGAAAAUGCUGCAGAGUGGGGCAAACGGGAGCGUUUGGAAACGGAGAAACUGAAUCUCGAGCGUGAAAACAAGAAAUUGCGAGCUGAGUGCCAAGAUCUACAGGAACGGUUGGAACGUAAAGGUCGGGGUCCAGUGAGCAACACAGACACUGAGUUCCGUGCUUUGCAGCAAGAGCUAAUUGACAAGAAUAAGGAAAUCACCGACAUUCGUCACUCGCACAGUAAGAUGAAAAAGAUGCUCUCCGAGGCGAAUACGGAGCUGGGCCAUGCGGUCCGUCGUGCCGAGCAGUAUGAAACCGAGGUCAAGCGUUUGCGAUCGCGUGUUGAAGAGCUGAAACGUGAACUAGCCGGAGCAGAGGACGAGUUGGAUUCGGCUUGCAAUCAUGUUCGUCGACUGCAGCGGACUAACGAGGAACUCUCCGGCCAAACCGAAGGCCUACAGGUUCAAAUUCAGCAUUUGCAGACAAGUGGUAGCCCAAAAACACUACAGGACCUGGGGAACUACAAAUCUACUAACAAGUCUAACUUCACCUCCAACUCCAACUACAAACCGAACAUAAACGAUCUCAAGCAGCUGUUCGAUUCGCGCCACUACAACGACCGCCAGCUGCAAUCGAAAUCCCGCUCCGCCGGAACAACGGAAACUCAACCCUCAUUUCUGUCCGGAUCAUACUACGAUGCCAAGCCCACCUACAUCGAUGGCGAUUCUCCUUAUGAGAGCAAAGAUAAAUCCCUAAACAACAUGUUCGACUUCGAGCGUGCCAAGCAAAAGUUUGACAACAUCUCCCGGUCGGCCGUUUCCGGUGCCAGUGGAGCCGCUCUUCCAAACUCCAGACGUUCUUCCUCCGGCCAGAACGGUCUCAAGUCCCAGUCGGGAUCGGUUUCCGGAAUACCCAAGCGUCAAUCCAACACCCCAUCGGGGUCCACCGCUGGGUCCGGUGCGCCAAUGGCGGGAUCGUACUAUGACUGUAACAAUUUUUCCGACAAUCGAAACGAGGACAGUAUUCCGCUGCUGUCGUCGUCGGCCAAACAGCACACGUCUUCCGGCGGGGCGGCGAUCAACGAUUCGGUUCCGUUCUUCGAUAACGAUAUGCCGGUAAAGGUGGCUGGCGGGAGUGGUGGUACGGGUGGAGUUGGUACCAAGCUGAACAUAACCAAGAUGAAUAACAUCAAUCUGGAUGCGCUGAAGGUGUCCGAGGAUGAUACGACUCCGUAGUUACGGAUCGACCAGUCUUUUGUCGGCCAACGACGACAACAGUGACAACGAUUAAAUUGGGUGGAGAAAAACCUACUCGGAACAAACAUUGAAAAUCAAAAUACUUCUGCGGCACACACUUACAGAACAAAAGCAUGCAUUUAUCUUACCCCGAAGUAAGUAUAACGUCUUUAGUGUUAGGGUAUUCUUCGGAUAAGUUUUUUUUAGUCGUAUCGUGUUCGUACAUCAUGAUAUAUACACUUGCAUAGCGGUUACGCUAUCAGGGCAACUGAGCCAUCACACAGAAAGCCGCGAAUCGUUCGGGUCGAGCAAUAGUAUUCCAGGAUUAUUUACGGUAAUUCUAAUUAAAAAGGUAGCACUAGUUCUUCAACACUUGAAAGAAAAAUCAAUCCGAAAACAAAUAUAUCUCUAUCAGAUCUCUUAGCCAGGCGCAGCUCCUGCAGAUUCGUUGGCCUAUAGAACUUUAUUUUUAAAGAUUUGUUAUUUUUUCUCAAAAAGUUUAGAACAACAGGACAGAACCUAAAUUUCGAAGCUCAAUAAGUUAUAAAAAGACUUUAAUUAAGAGAUAAA